CGCAAAGAAAGGACAAGAACACCUGCAAAAUCAGGCAGUCGUAGAUCACAGAAAAGUGCAAAUAGAAACAAUGUAAAUAGUGAUAAUAUGAAUAAUACUGACGAUAAAACAGAUGUGCGGCAGGGAAAAUCUUAUGUAGACCUGUCUGGCAGACAGGGUGUAGGGCAGUACAAUUCAACGUUUUCGGACUUCCGUUCUGGAUAUGUAGGCGACAGCAAAAGUGACAAUAAUAUGGAUACGUUGGACAGUAAUGGUGAAGUUCACGAAAAUGAUGUAGAUAUGGAUAAUACUACUCCUAGUGAGUCUAAAUUCAUUAAACGUAAGCAUAGCUCUAAAACUGUGACAGAUAACAAACCAAAGUUAGCUUCAAAAUCCCCAGAACCUAUUGUGCUUACGCCUCGCGAUGCACCAAAUGCUCGCACUAGCACGUAUACUGUGAACUUGGAAGCGCCGAAUCAGGAACAAGAAAAUGGCCAUAAACCCUCGGACAGUCCCCCAGAAAGGAAAAAGUUCUUGGACAAGACCACUGCA